UGAACAGUUAGUUCAGGAGGAGAGCCGGUCAAAGAAGGAGUGAAUAAACCUGGGUAAAGAUUUGUCCGAUUGAAUAGUAUUUCCAGCAUUUUCAUAAAAAAUGGACAUCAAACCAGUAUUAAGGAGAUUUGGCUUUUUGGUCCGAGCCAUUCUCACAUUUCUCUUUGCUCUCCUGUUACUUGGCGUGAUGUUAUGGGCAUACAUCGAUGGUUUCCAGAUAGCCACAUCUCCAUAUAACAUCAUCUCCUUGGGUUUCUAUGGGGUGCUUCUCAGCCUUCACAUCCUAAUUCAGAGCUUUUUUGCCUUUGUGGAGCAUCGGCGCAUGAAUGCAAGACGCAAACCAUGCUCUUACACAAAAACCAUUGGCUUUACUAUAUCAGCCUAUCAGGAGGACCCUGCUUAUCUCCGCGAGUGCCUUCAGUCAGUACGGGCCCUGCAGUACCCAUCUGAGCUGCUACGUAUUGUCAUGGUGGUGGAUGGGAACUCAGAGGAUGACCGCUACAUGAUGGAGAUGUUCAGGGAGGUCUUUGCAGACCAGGAUGCUGGCUGUUAUAUAUGGCAGAACAACUACCACUCUUGGAAGCCCACUGGCCAAGAAAAGGAUGCAGCUGAAGCUGAUGGUCCAGAAGCAGAUGAUGAAGUAGCGUUUGAAGACCCUCAGCGCUUAGAGGUUGAAGAACUCAUCAGGACCAAGAAGUGUGUGUGCAUUAUGCAAAAAUGGGGAGGAAAGAGGGAAGUGAUGUAUACGGCAUUCAAGGCACUAGGAUCUUCUGUGGAUUAUAUACAGGUGUGUGACUCAGACACAAAAUUAGACCCUCUGGCCACAGUGGAGCUCUGCAAGGUGCUGGAGAGCAACCAGAAAUACGGUGCCGUGGGAGGCGAUGUGAUGAUCCUUAACCUUAAAGACUCUUAUAUCAGCUUCAUGAGCAGCCUGCGCUACUGGAUGGCGUUUAACAUUGAGAGGUCCUGCCAGUCCUUCUUUGACUGUGUCUCCUGCAUUAGCGGCCCCUUAGGUCUUUAUAGGAAUGACCUGCUGCAGCAGUUCCUGGAAUCCUGGUACAACCAGAAGUUUCUUGGUACCCACUGUACUUUUGGGGAUGACCGGCAUCUCACCAAUCGAAUGCUAAGCAUGGGCUAUGCUACAAAGUACACUGCCCGUUCUAAGUGCUACACGGAGACUCCCGCUCAGUUUCUGCGCUGGCUCAAUCAGCAGACGCGUUGGACCAAAUCCUACUUUCGUGAAUGGCUGUAUAAUGCUAUGUGGUGGCACAAGCACCACCUGUGGAUGACCUACGAAUCCAUUGUCUCAGGCAUCUUUCCUUUUUUUGUCACUGCCACCAUUAUCAAGCUCUUCUGGACAGGCACUCUGUGGGACAUUUUGUGGGUCUUGUGCUGCAUCCAGUUGAUUGGUCUGGUAAAGGCAGCUUAUGCCUGCAUCCUACGACAAAAUGCAGUGAUGCUCUUUAUGUCCUUAUACUCUGCUCUCUAUAUGACCAGCCUCCUGCCUGCCAAAUACUUUGCCAUUAUCACCAUGAACAAAAGCAGCUGGGGGACAUCGGGCCGUCGUAAGAUGGUGGGGAACUAUAUCCCCCUGGCACCUCUAUCAGUGUGGGCGGCCAUUUUAUUGGGAGGCCUGGGGUACACCAUCUACAGGGAAAGCAUUAAGACUUGGACAACAGAUGGAAAGAAGGAGGAGAUCAAGUUUUUGAUAUUUGGAGCCACAGCUUAUGUGUGCUACUGGCUUGUAAUGCUCUGCCUCUAUUGGAUGUGGUUUCGGAGAUUAUUCCGAAAACGCUCACAGAGUUACACUGUGAAUGUAUAGGACAAUUAUUUGGGCACAUUAUUUAUUUAG